AUGCCUGGUUUACUUUCCUCCAUUCAGCGCUUUGACAUGUCCACAGGCAUCCCAAAGGCCGUAUGGACCGCUCUAUACGCCAACGCUGCUCGUGCCAACCUCGUCCUUCCCCAUGCCGAGAAGGUUUUCGGUCGCCAAAAGUUCACACCUAAAAUUGAUGCCACUGAGCAGCUUUGGUUUGUGUACUCGAAGCCUGGAACUUCCGAAAUCCAGUUCAUACUGGCCUGCACGGAAGGACCACUAGGCAAAUACCCCCUGUACAUCAUCCCCACAGUCCCUGCCACAGAUUUAACGCCCGAGCUCCUCAAAAACUCCACAGAGGCGCUAUGCAGUGCGCUUCUGAGCGAAACUGGCUUCAGAGCGAGGGUCUUUUCUGUGUUCUCCGUUGAGAAAGUCACAGAGGCCUUCGUCCCGGUAUGGGAGAGAGCCGCAGAGAUUGAUUGCAUCAAGGAUCCAUACUACAGCGCAAUUUUCUCAGUGUGUACCGAAAACACAUUGGUCCGACAACAGCGAGCCCCUCGUCCAUCAGAGAAUGUGGCUCUCGAGCCGCGUCUGGCUACAGAACAAGACGCCGGCCAGAUGAGUACACUGUGUUACGAAUUUGCUAAAACUUCAGAGCCGUUCACUCUUACUAAAGAGAAAGCCAGCGAAGAAGCCAAGCUUUUGAUUGCAAACAAACAAGUCCCAACUGGAAAGCCCGAGAUCGCGACUAUUGUUGCUGUGACGCGGAAGUCAGAAGGUGUCGCUACCAUCACAAAGGUUUAUACACCGGAACAUUGGAGGGGUAAUGGCUGUGCUGAGAGACUGGUUCGCCAUGUCUGCAUUGAGUUGCUGGAGAAGUACAAGCAAAUCGUCUUAUAUGUCGGCGUUGGCAACCCCGCCGGGGAUGUGUAUCGCCGGGUGGGUUUCCAGGGUCUUAGUGAGGGGUCUUCCUCGUCGGAGCGAUGGCUAGAGAUUGGUUUCGAUCCGGCGGAGUCAAACUCGGUCAUUGGUAGAUUUUUGGCUUAUUUUCGUGUCGCUUUGACGUCUUUGCUCCGCAUGGUUGUUCACACGUCCCUCUAA